AUGAUGAGCAUUGUGUCAAGUCAACCAUCGAUUAUACAUGAACGAUGUGGUAGUGAAGCAAUAUCUAAGGUUUCUUGUUCGAGAUAUUGCAGCCCUUGCUUCUCUGGAAGAUUGGCUUUCUCUCAUAGCCUCUGCUUGAAGAGUACUUGUGGGCAAACUGGUAGGAGAAGGUUUUCAAGAAUUUGCACUAGUGUGGAUGAUGGGAUCAAUCCAGAUGAAGAGGAAAACGAAUCACUUGAUGAUGAAACCAAAAGGCAAGCGGAUGAUAUAAAUAGGGCAAAUCUUGAAAGGAUGGUUGGUUCGGAUGAUUCUGCAUUCAACGGCUUAGAUCUUGCAACUCUCAUCAGGCAGAAGUAUGGAAGGUCUUAUGAUGUGCAACUCAUCAAGAAGGAGUUCAUGGGGAGGAAUCUUCUUGCAAUGAAUGUCAUGUGGAAGUACAGAGAACAGAGGUCUUUCCCUCUAACGGAAGAAGAAUAUAUACUGAGACUUGACGAUGUAGCAAACAUGUUGAAAUGCUGGGGAGCGGUCUCACACAUCCGUAACAGCCUAGCAAAGUCCAAGGAGCGACCCCGGAUUGGCAAGGCUGUCAGCAUUUUCAUAGACAUGGAUUCUACAGGGGGACGAGCAAACGAAUGGAUUUACAAGUAG